CUUGCUCAAGUGUCCAAGGUCGUGGUUCUUUGACGUGUCUGUGAUGGAAGUAAGUUUUGGACUGGUUCCGUUCACAGUUGCGCACAGGCUCGGCGGGGUAAACCAGCUCGGCGGAGUCUUCAUCAACGGGCGGCCGUUACCGCACGAGGUCAGACACCGGAUCGUGGAGCUCGCGCAGCACGGGGUGCGCCCCUGUGAGAUCUCGCGCCGUCUGCGCGUCAGUCAUGGCUGCGUCAGCAAAAUAUUGACCAGGUACAAUGAGACAGGAAGCAUCAGACCGGGGCUGAUAGGUGGCUCCAAGCCCAAGGUGGCGACCCCCACAGUGGUGCAGAAGAUCCUGCAGCUGAAACACAACAGUCCCACGAUGUUUGCCUGGGAGAUCCGAGACAGGCUGGUGCUGGAGCAAGUGUGUGACCCAAGCAACGUUCCCAGCAUCAGCUCAAUUAACAGGAUCAUCAGGAGGAAAGUUCAGGCAAAGCCUUGUGAAGAUGCAUCAUCUGUUUCCAUGGGAACAGACUGUCCCUCUGAGUCCAGGUUUUCAAUAGGAGGGAUUCUAGGACUCAGAAAAUUCAACAAACAAAACGAAGGAGCGGACGAGUCCUGCGGUGAGCACCACACCCAGCUCUGUUUCUGGAGCAGGUCUGACCUCAGCUCGCCAUUUCGCCAUCAGCUGCCAGCUAACCAUGAUCCAGAUCCUUUAGGUUAGUUUGCA